AUGGCAUGCUUGAGAGACGACUUUCAAAAUGGUGUGUUGCUCGAUGGUCGGUACAAGACCAUUUCUCCCCUCAACCAUGGCUCCUUCGGCAUGGUCUUCAUGGCCAAGGACAUGCACACCAGCGAGACCGUUGCGAUCAAGUGCCUGACCAAGAAGGCUGCUGCUGAUGAUGCCGGCCUCGACUUCGCCAUCGACGAGAAGUCUGAGGAGCUUGCCCUUCACGGCCGGCUCUCACACCCCAACAUCGUCAACCUUCUCCGCUCCUUCGAGACCGAGGCUCAUCUUUACAUCGUCCUCGAGUUUUGUCCUCAGGGUGACCUGUAUGAAGCUAUUCGGAAUGGUCGCGGACCUCUCGAGACCGAACACGUCCGGCAAUUCAUGCUGCAGCUCGUGGAUGCGGUUGCCUACAUUCACGCCAAGGGUGUCUACCACCGUGACAUCAAGCCUGAGAACAUUUUCUUGACUCAGUCUGGUGCCAUGAAGCUCGGAGACUUUGGUCUGGCGACUACCGAGAACUGGACUCUUGAAACCACCGUCGGCAGUGAUCGUUACAUGGCUCCGGAGCAGUUUGAUUCUGCUGGUGCUGGUUACUCCCCUGCCCAAGCCGACAUCUGGGCCAUCGGUAUUUGCCUCCUCAACAUUCUUUUUUCUCGCAACCCUUUCACCACUCCGACCGAGGCGGACCCCCUUUUCCUGGACUUCUCUCGGGACAAGCAGUCGCUCUUCGAUGUUUUCCCGUCCAUGUCCCAGGACACUUAUGAGGUCAUUGUCCAGUGCAUGAAUUUGGAUCCUAGGAAGCGGUCACUCGUCGGUGCCCGCGCUGCUCUCCAGCGUGUCAUCAGCUUCACCACAACCGAGGAGGAUGUUGACGACUUCUGCUCGGCCAACCGUCAUGUCAUGGCCAGUGCGAACCGCGAGCCUCUGCGCACGCCUUCCAUUCAGAGCCCUCAGAUUGACCAGGGUGCCUUCCCCUGGGCCAAGGCUCUGCAUGCGAGCCCUCCCCAGCCAAUUCGCCAGCUCAGUGCCAUCCCCGAUGACGAGAGCUACACUGAGGAUAUGUUCUCCAAGUCUGGAGAAACAUCCGACUGGUUUAGCUCCGCGCAAACACCUUCCAUAUCUUCCAUGCUUGACUCGAGCCUUGGAGCGUCAAUGAAGUCACUUCACAUUGGACGCCCCAUGAAGGCUGCGCCACGACCCAUUCCUAAGGUCUCGCCCAUGGCUGGAUCCCUGCCCAUCACCAUGGCCAAGCCUAAAAGCAACUUGUCUUCGAUGUCCUUGGUGUUCGGCCGUAAGGACGCCGUCUCCAAGAGCUGGAGUGAUAUGUGGGAUGAGGAUGAGGAGGAAGAGGAGGCCGAGCGAAACAGGCAGAUGCAGUCCCUGCAGGAGCUGAACUCGAGGACCUGGAGUCAUGACAGCAAGAUGGACGAGAACGACGACUCUGAGACUGUCGACGCGACGCCCAUUGCUACCACACCGCAGCGCUCGCACCACGACACUCACAAGAUUCACAAUGACAUCGACAGCGACCUUGCGGCCGAUGGCUUCUUCUUCCAGGAAGCCUCUCCGCCGAAAUCGAGGCCCAUGUUGUCUACUCGUCAAUCUCCCCCUAAGCGAGUGGAGAAUGACAAGUGGGCCAAGUUAGGGGCUGCUCGUCGAAAGUAUUCGAGUUCGACAACAAACAAAAUGUCUGGCGAUUUUGCUCGACAACAACGUACUAUUGGGCUGGGAUACAAUUCGUAUGCAGCGGGAGUUUGGGAUCACAAUGCAACUCACAACAACCACAACAAAUCGCCUAAGGAAAAGGCUAGGGAAUGCCCUUGGAACAAGGGCAGAGAUUGGAAUUAUUGGCGCCGGGAGAAGCGCACUGAUCUCGCAGACGUUGAGUGGGUUGGUGGCUGGCAGGAAGCGCAUUCCUAG